GCUGUGGUGUUGGCCAAAUCUUUGGUCGUAGCCAGCUCUUUUUCUAAGGCGACCUUCUCAGCCACAUUCUUGUUGAGCUUCAUCGUAACUUCAGCCUUCUGUUGCCGGAGCAACUGGAUGUCCUUGGACAGCCUUUCGAAGCUCUGCUCCAGGUCCUGGACCCGCUGCUGCUCAGCCGACUGCUCCGACUUUCCGUACACCAGGAAGAGCACCAGGCUGACGAUAAUGAGGGACUGAAUCAAUGAGGAGAAGAAGAAGACGAUCCUCAUGUAGUAGCCACAGCUCUUGCCCUUGGACCUUUGGAUGUCCUUGGCUUCCAGCCCGAACUUUGCCCAAGCAGAAAGCUGUGCAGAAGUUGGAAGGCACUCCAUGGACAGUGCAGAAUGGCUUGGAGGUCAGAAGAAAGUCCUGACUGAGGGAAAAAGAGCCGAGACACGUAGGGAGGAGACCCCAGUACCCACAGGCCCAUCAGAGCUGGAGGUGGCCCAGUGUGAGGUGGAGAUGGGCACCUUGCUGAAGGUCAUUGCAGAGCUAAAUGGGAGGAUGAACACCUUGCAAACAACCAGGGACUCGGAUAACAGUGUAACCCUGGGACAGGAGGAGGGCAACGUUCCUAAACCAGGAUGUCGGCCUACUCCAUCCUCACAGGGCGUUCCAGAAGCGAUGGAUGUACCUGUACCUUCUCAGGUUUCCGGAACUGAGAAAGAGGACAGUGCUGAGCUGUGGAUGGAACUGCAGGGGGCUCUGGCUGCCCUAGAAAAUGCGAUGGUGAGAGGAAGGACCUGGGCUGCCCCUCACAAUGCCUGCAGCGAGGAAAAACUUGCACAGCACCUGACCGCAGCUAGCGAGAGCUGGGUCAAGGCCACGCAGAUUCUGGAAGAGCUGGAGAGAGAGCUGGGGAUCUCGUAUCCCUCAGAACUCCCCGCAGAGGACAGGCAGCGGUAUCAGCGGGACGUCCUGUCUCUGCACAAACACAACUGCAGCCUCCGAGCCUCCUUGCAGUGCCGAGAGACGGAGCUGUGCAGGUCAAACGUCACGCUGAAUGGCCUGAAGGAGGAGAGAAACAAGCUGCAGUUAAAGUUGCUCGGCCUGCAGAAGCACAUGCAUGCUGGGGGGAGCCUCUCCCCUCCCACCAGUCCUUCCAGCUCCUCGAGUGGAGCUAGGAGUCCGUACUGGGCUUCCCCCCCUUUCCCUGGAUCCCCCCUGCUCCUGAGAAGGCCGACAGCUGCGUCUUCCCCACUGGCCACAGGGGGCGACAACACGCCUCCAUUCUCCUCCUCCUCUACCAGUAUUGCAGUCUCCGGUAGCCCCAGCUCAAGUGUGUCCGGUGGCUUGGAGACAGAGACAGACCGGCUCCAGAGGUGUAUAGAGAGGCUGAAAGCCAGGAAUGAGCGCCUGUCCGCCGCCCUGGAGAGGAGGAAGGGCGAGUCCGAGCAAAUCAGCAUGACCCUCUGCAGACACGAGGCUAACAGCACCGCCCUGCAAAUGGCUCUGAAGUACAGCGAGGAGUGUGAAGAAGCCUACAAUGAGCUACUGUCUCUGUAUGACGGCCGGAAACCGCAGAGCAUGCCAGAGCCCAGAGAGGAAACAGAGUCCGUUAAAGAAGCCCAGAAGCUGAGUCAUUUAAAACCGGAAACCACAAGUCCAGAGACGGGGGAAGCGCUUCCCUCUCUGUCACCACCAGGGGGAGCUACGGAGGCAGUCGAGCAUAAGCACAACAGGAGAACUCCAUCAACCUUAGAUGGGCAGGUAGAGGCCAUUCGGGAAAAGAUCAUGAAAUUGAAGCAGGACCGGUCAGCAGUGUGUGUUCCAGCACGGGAGCCGGAUGGAGAGAGGAAGCCCAGCCCAGACACAGGCACCCUUCUUGGGCCCAGGGCUCAGGACAGUGCCAGGCCUCACGGCACCAAGAGGGAGAAGGCCGCACUUCUGUACGAGUUGGUCACUGUCAGGGAGGAGAUGUCAGAGCUGCGGGGGACCAUCAGACUGACGGAGAAAGAGAGGCGGUGCUUGGAGUGGACGCUGACCAAUCAGAGGGCGCAGGAUGUGGCCGGCGCGCUGAUUGCACAGUGUCUGAGGGAGGAGCUGGAGGACAGACAGACAGAGAAACAGAAGGGUGACGAGAGAGGGGCGAAGCUGGACUCCGGUGGCGGCAUCCCUGGCCCCCGAAAUCGCACCCUCCUACGAGAGCUCCAAGGGGCCCUGCAGCGGGAGCAGGUGUUGAAGCGAAGAGUGACAGCCGUGCGAGAAUCACUCGACACUGCUCUCACCGACAGCGCCACCAGGUGGAGAUACAGCGAAGAAGAGAGAGCGCAGCUCGUCCGGGCUCAUAGGAAGGCUGCUGAGACGUAUCGGGGUGCGCGCAGGAAGUACCGCGAGCAGCUGUGGAGGCUCGAGCGGCAGGUAACGGCCGCGUCAGAGCGUCACAUGACGCAGAUCUCCAGCCUGAAGGCCACGCUCGAGGCCCUGGAAUGGAAGAAGGAAGAGACUCUGCUGUGAUGGUUGCUCUGCAGUCCUCUCUCUCUCUCUCUCUCUCUCUCUGUCUCUGUCUUUCUCUCUCUCUCUCCCUCUCUCUCAGGGACCAACGGAGGGACAGAAGAAUAUUUUUUAAAAGCAUUAAAAAACUGCUCAUACUCUCCAGCUGAAGAAAAUGAACGUGCCAGAGGGUAGUGAAAUCGUUACUAUUUUCUCGGUUGCGUUCCAGCCUUUAGCUGGUUCUAAUGAUUGACUUUUGUGUAACAGGAGCUGAAAUGAAUCAUACAUUACUGGAAUAGUGUGUGUGAAAACAAGUGCACUGCAAUGCAUGUCAUUUCAAUGUACCACAGUCAUUUUCUGUAAAACACUUUUUUUAAAGA